CGCAAUCUGUCACUACGGGCAGACUGCAAACGCUUGCACGUGUUCGGAAGAUUUGGAUAUAGGUCUGCUGUUCCUCAGAACAGCCCAGCGUCGCGCGCCAUAGACCGCACAGCCCAAGCGUGGAAAGACACAUAAUGGCAGUGUGGUGAUUCUGCAAGAUGGCGUCGUUGGGAAGGAGGCGCGGUGUCCCAGUCAACAGGGAGAGGGCAGUGAUGGCAGCCACGGAAUGCUACAUCGUGCAUGAGAUCUACAACGGGGAGAAUGCGCAAGAGCAGUUUGAGUAUGAGCUGGAGCAGGCGCUGGAAGCGCAAUACCGCUAUAUUGUGAUUGAGCCCACACGCAUCGGUGACGAGACGGCCCGCUGGGUGGCUGUGGGCAACUGCCUGCACAAGACGGCGGUGCUGUCGGGCACGGCGUGUCUCUUGACGCCGCUGUCGCUGCCCGUCGAGUACUCGCGGUACGUGGCGCUGCCCGCGGGCGCCCUCAGCUUGGCCUGCGCCGCACUCUACGGCAUCUCCUGGCAGUUCGAUCCAUGCUGCAAGUACCAGGUGGAGUACGACAGUCAGAAACUCUCCCGGCUGCCACUGCACACGCUCACCUCCUCCUCGCCAGUGGUGCUGGUGCGGCGGGACGACGUGCACAGAAAGAGACUCCACAACACGAUAGCACUGGCCGCGUUCGUCUACUGCGCCAAGAAGAUCUACGAACUCUACGCCGUAUGAGCGGAGCAAAGGGGAGGGGAGGGGGGGGGGGGGGGCGCACACGUAGGCGCGUGCGUGCGUGACAAUAGCAAACACCACACACACACACAGCAGACACAUAAUACACACAAACACACACUGUUGUGAAAAGAUUAAAAAAUAUAUACACUUUUACAUUACACACCACAUGCAGGGGAAAGAUGAAACACAAACACACAAGACUGGAAAGAGAAUAAAGAGCGGCAGAGCGAAAAAAUGACUACAAUCCCUGAAUGAGCUACUGGAUUGACCAAGGUAGACGGCAGCCAGAAGAAAACAGAAAAGGAAAGUGAAGUCUCUCCCUCCCUCCCUCCCUCCCUUUCUCUGGCACCUGUGUUCCUGGCUCUCGACCGGCUGCUGGUGGGUGGAUGGAUGGAUGGAUGGAUGGAUGGAUGGACAAAACACAGGGGUUAAUAGUUUAAACUAGAAGAACGAUUCUCUCUCCCUCUCGUCUCUGUACUCUCUAAGUGACAUCACCAGUGCACCUGCCUCCUCUCCCCCUCCUCCUUUAAGACCCCAUAUGUCUCCACACACACACGCGCGCUAACACUAUGCCGUUGCGCGGGCAGUGCCCCGCCAACCCUGGUGGUGUGUGUGGUCCUGGUCGAACAGACGGACUGACGUUUUGAAGUAUUACUGAUCUCCGAUUCUUGACUUCUGUGUAGUUGUACUGUAACCUGACUCAGUGCUUUUCAUUAAACCGUAGGAGAUUUCAAACCUCA